CUGCGUCGCGCUGAGAGUUGGGUUUCGUCUACUACACGAAACGCGAGACAGUCUCGAUCGCUGGGCAUUUUCUCGUCGCAGGAGUUAAAACAGGGUAUGAGCAACCCAGCAAGUAAUUUGACCGACUCCUCUCGGCCGAACAGUGGACGGAGGCCGCGCAGCUCCGUCCGACCCACCAGCGCCGGUCGUCCGGCCUGGAACACGGCACAGCUCACGCGCGAAGAAUCGCGAGACUUGGAAGCUUUCGGCGCGAACGACCAGUUCGAAAUCGUCGACGACAGCGAAGUCGUUACCGUUCCCGAGCAGAAAGGAUGCUUCGUAAGCUGCUUGAGAGGCCUUCGAGGACUCUGGUCCACCCGUCAACUUGGAGGGGCCAAAGCAGAUCGAGAAUGGUACAUUCGAACGACCCUGCGAGAACUAUUGAUUUAUGUUGUCUUCCUCAUAGUGCUCUGCAUAUUGACCUUUGGCAUGAUGAGCCCUACUAUGUACUACCAAACAAAGGUUAUGAGCGACCUCUUUUUGGACUCUACCUACAAAGACAACACCAGCAACCUCAGGGGCUCGACUAGCCUUGAUAAUUUCUGGUCGUUUGUGGAGGAUGUGAUGCUGGGUGCUCUCUACUGGGAGAACUGGUACAACAACCAAAGCACACUAGCCGAUGACCGCAACAUCCUGUAUGAAAAUCGGCUUCUGGGGAGCCCCCGUAUUCGUCAGUUGCGUGUGCGCAACGACUCAUGCAAUGUCCACUCGGACUUCAAGAAGGCCAUCACCCAGUGCUUUGACAACUAUUCCCCGCAUUUUGAGGACAAGGGGCCCUUUGGGCUUAUGAAUGGCACUGCUUGGACAUACCACACUGAAAAGUCGCUGAAUGGGGCGGAUCACUGGGGCCUACUAUCAUCUUACAGCGGGGCUGGCUACUAUGCUGACCUGGGCAUCACAAAAGAGGCAGCAACACAGGUCAUGGCUGAGCUCAAGGAGAACCUUUGGAUUGGACGUGCCACACGGGCUGUCUUUUUGGACUUCACUGUCUACAAUGCGAAUGUCAACCUCUUCUGUGUGAUCAAGCUGGUGUUUGAAUUUCCCGCCACGGGAGGAAUGAUUCCAUCGUGGAGCUUUCGGACAGUCAAGCUCCUACGAUAUGUGUCAGUUAGUGACUACUUCAUCAUGGCGUGUGAGUUCUUCUUCACGCUGUUCAUUCUCUACUACAUCGUCGAAGAAGUCCUUGAGAUCAAGAGCAACAGGACUAGUUACUUCAAGUCUAUAUGGAACAUCCUUGACAUCCUUGUCAUUCUGAUCUCUCUGGUAUGCAUCGGAUUCAGCAUCUAUCGUACUGUUAUGGUGAAUAAGCUUCUGGCUGGCCUGCUGGACAAGCCGGAUGAGUUCGCGGACUUUGGCCGUCUGGGUUUCUACCAGACACAGUUCAACAAUGCUGUAGCAUUGGCAGUUUUCUUUGCUUGGAUUAAGGUCUUCAAGUACAUCAGCUUUAACAAGACCAUGACGCAGCUUUCAUCCACCCUUUCUCGGUGUUCCAAGGAUGUGGCUGGCUUCAGCAUCAUGUUCUUCAUUGUGUUCUUUGCUUUUGCCCAACUGGGCUACCUUCUGUUUGGAACUCAAAUCCAAGGUUUCAGCUCCUUUGUAAAUGCUGUGUUCACUCUUCUGCGCCUGAUCCUGGGUGACUUCGAUUUUGAGGAAAUGGAAGCUGCCAACAGAGUUUUGGGCCCUAUUUAUUUCCUCAGCUACGUCUUCUUUGUCUUCUUCGUGCUCUUGAACAUGUUCUUGGCUAUCAUUAACGACACCUAUGCUGAAGUAAAAUCGGAGAUCUCGCAGCAGAAGAACGAGUUUGAGAUCGUUGACUACUUUAAGAAGGGCUACAACAACAUUCUUGGCAAGUUGGGCAAGCGUGAUCAAAUUGUGGACAUUCAGAAUGCACUCAAAAUGGCAGACACCAACCAUGACAACAAACUGACCUUUGAUGAAGUCCGCAAGACACUCAAAGCACAAAACUUCAGCGAUAUGGAGAUUGAGAUGCUGUUCUCCAAAUAUGAUGUGGACGGCAACCGUGAGCUGAAUGAGCAAGAGACAAAGGAGAUGAUGGCGCACCUUGAGGGACAGAAGGUUCUGCUUGACGAAGAGAUUCAGCGUGAAAAGACCUCUGGCAAUGACAGUACUGGUGGUGGAGGUGGCAACGGUGGUGGUGGUGAUGGGGGCGUCUCUUCUGACGAGUUUAACAUUCUCACCCGGCGUGUGGAUCGGAUGGAGCACUCCAUUGGUAGCAUCGUGUCCAAGAUUGAUGCGGUACUGGUCAAAAUGGAAGCUAUGGAGAAAGCCAAAGCCAAUCGGCGAGACACUAUGAGCAAGAUCCUUGACACCAUCUCAGAGAAUGAGGGUUUGGAUGAGAAGGGCAAGCGUCAGCAGAUGGAGAAACUGGUUCGCGAGGAGCUUCAGCAUUGGGAUUCUGAUGCUUCAUUGCACACUCCACGGAGGGAGAGGAGCAACACACCUUGAGGCUAGACUGCUUUCGUCAAGCUGAGCAGGCAUGAAGCAAGAGAGACAGAAAGGCAUCUGCCUUGUGCAGAGCGAACAGCAGAUAUUCGCACGAAGCAUCAAUCUCUCGUGAGCUUUGUUGUGGCAGGCUCUCUUUAGUACGCUACCUAACACUGUUGCUCACAAGCAUAAAUGCUUGCUUUGCCAGCUUGCAAAUUACUAUGUGAGAAAAGUUAACUGAAAGUUUACUUUUGGAAGAAUGUAUACUACCAGUUUAUGUGUGCUAUUGGCAGUUCCUCUAUUACAUAGUUCAUCUGUUUCAGCCUAGCUGACAGACCUCCGGUGUUCUGCCAUGGCAUUAUUGUCAAUGGCCCAGUAGGGUGCCGUUAGUACCAUCAGUAACACAUUUUGCCUGAAAGAGUUGUGGUAGCUUAGGGUCACAUCUGUACUCAUUCAAAAUGGGCUCUUGCCGCCCUUAUUGUUGGCACUUUUACAGAGUUUACAGGUUUGAUGCAUCGUGCAAUGGGGCUUUGGUCUGCCUCAAACUUCUGAACUUUCUUUCUGCUUUAUUGAGAGAGCACCUGGAUUUGCACUACUGAGCUGUACUGUUUGUUUGUAUUUAACUAGUGUAGCUUGAGCCUUGGCAGGCUGCAUUGCCAAGUGGUUGUAGUGCAAACCAGUCCCAACUUUAGUGUUUCCAUCAUGUGCUUCUCACUUAGCUGAUUGAAAUAUAUGUCCCUUAUAUCACACAGCAAUGUAAGUGAAGUUGGUGAUAAAAAAAAGAGAUUUCUUCUUCUAAAGGACCUGCAAGUACAGUAAACAUGAGUGAAAAAGCAUAUGCUAAAUACCAUCUACAGCAUUUCAGCAAUCAUAUGCAUUCCUGUUUAGAUGAGGCAGCUUUGCAGUCACGAUUCCACAUUGUUUUGGGAGCCUGAGUUUUUAGUAGGUACUGUUACCUGCCUUUGAUGUGUACUGGUUUUACUAUAGAGGGACAAAAAGUACCAUUCUCAUUCUGGCUUUGCAUGUAUAUUCCCAUUUUCCCCACACAUUUGCCUUGGCACAUUAUAGCCUGCACGGCUGCCGCGCCAUACAAAUCCCAAAUCAUCAUCACCCUCCACAUUUGCUGUCAUUCACAAUGCUAGCAAGUUACAACUGAUAACUGUAGUUGUGGGAAGCCUGUUAUUGGACAGCUUUUGCCUUGUAACAUUGUUUGAAGUUGUUCAUUGUUUGCUUGUAUUAACCCCCGCUGACUGUUGCUGCCGUUGUCGCAGAAGCAAAAAUCAGCCAUCCCUUAUUCGUCCAGUAUUGGACUCAAAACUGCUGACCUUGAAGGUUCAGCAGGCACAACCACCUGACCCAAUAAUCACUACACCAUCCUAUUUAUUUACUUACUUUCUUAUUUACUUAUUUACUUAAUAAUUUAUUUAUUUAUUUAUUCUGCAUGCUAAAGCUUCAAAGGGGCUAUUAGAGGAGUAGAGAGCGUGAAGUGCAAUGCAUGAACAGAUUACACAACCAGACAUGACCAUGCAACAGGUUCCAAGUGGUUUACUUGGAACCUGUUGGAACCUUGGUAAGGCUAGAUACAGCCAUAUUUAUUUCCAUGGGGCCUCGCAACACUGUGCCACACAGGUGUAAAUGUUUAACUCAAACUGGCUGACAAAACUGAUUAUUUUUGAAUUUCCAUUUGAAACAGUCGGCAACUACAAAAAAAUUGCUCCCACACGGCAGUUAGGACAAUUAUCCAGAUACGUUAGUUAGUUAGUUCACCUGAAGUAGUACUUGAGGCAGUUGUUGUGGAUGAAAAUUGAGGCAGAUCAAUGAGAGAUAUGAGCUACAAUGUGUGCUAUCCAGCUCAUAAAAGAGAUCAUCGCCUUCUUCCAGUGGACACAUGCACAUGCAAGUGUGCUCCCGUGUGUGAAAGUAACAGACCCCCUCCUUCGGUAUUAAUUUAAUUUUUUCGUCAGCUAGGAAAGGUGUCAUUAUUUCAAGUUGAAAAUGUUCUUCAAGUAUGUGAAUGCGUACAGCCUAAGCUAGAGUGGACAGUAGCUGCUUCAUCAAGUGAUGCCCAAUCAUGGCUUGAAAAAUGUUGGAGAGUAUUUAACUUUUGCUCACAAUAGUACAUCCUUGUCAAAUUUCUACCCUGCUCUAUGGGACAGUGGUGUGAUAUGUCACCUUGGUUCAGGGCCAGUUACCUCUUUCCUUACAGCGCCGUAGAUGACCAGUCGAUUUAUUUGAUGAUUUUAAUCAUGCUGUGAAACAAGGUCAGAACGAUUUGUGCACCACGUGCCGCCACGUGCAUAACCUGAAGGCUACCGUAUUUACUCGAAGAUGGGCUGAACGCAAAGAUAGGCAGAGCCCUAUACAUUGAAUUCGCCGAGAAAUAAAAAAAUUAUAAUUCAAAUGUAGGUUGACCUAUAUCUUUUUAGAAAAACAAAAAAUUUAGAGCAUGACGCACCUUUACUUACAGCAAGCUCGGCUACUAAGUCUUGCUAGUCGAUGCGACAAGCUGCAUCCUCGUCAAAAGUGCCAGAGAAGUCAUCCUCGUCAGAUGCUUCACCGGCAUCCUUGGCACACCGAAUGACGUCGCCCUCGGCGCAUUUGUGUGUGUCGGGUAUGCAGCAUUUCCUAAAGCCAAUCUAAAUAAUCUCCACACUGGUUCUAUGGCGAGUGUGACAGAGAAGCUGCAUUAGCUCGGUACUUUUGCUUUGUUCACGAAUGUAGGUCGAUAGCUAAUUUUGGGUAACAUUAAAAAAGAAAAAAAAGGUCAACCUAUAUUCAAAUAAAUAUGGUACUCUCUUAGUUUUGGCAUCAUUUCUUAUCUAUAAGUACAUGGAGGAGAGCAAAGAAAACUGCAGCUGGAUGUAACCACUUUCGUCAUGAGACAAGAGCCUGAAGUGUAGUUUCCGGUAUAAAAGAAACAGCACACCCUGCACUUUGGAUAACUGCUUCAGAUGCAGUAAUUCAGCAUAUUCUUUUGCUGGUCCUUUAGUGUGCGAAGAUUCAGCGAACUAUGUUUUACCAAAUUCACAGCUCCCGCUGCUAUGCUUUACUUACCCUCUAUGGGGCAGCAAUACAUAUACAUUUAACUUAUAGCCGGUAGUUGUAUCGGGUUUUGCACAACUCGUAAAAGUAUAUAAAGCCUAAUAUGUCACAUUGCUAUCUGCUGAAUGCACAGUGCAUCUAUUGGUGGGGUAUAGGACAUUUGCCUUUGAUCAAGUUACAUUGGACAUGUAUAGGAUCCUGAAGUAUGAGCUUGUCCUUGGUUGGAGCAAACCAAACACUGUUCACCUUUGUUGAAUGGCAUGGCAGAAGAGUCAAUAAGCAUACAAUAAGUAUUUGUUGUUCUGCAAGUUUCUAUGAUGAUGAAGAAUUGCAGAUGUUAAAGGUGGCACUCAAAUCCUGCAGCUGCCUUAUGGUAUUUACAUUGUAGCAACAUAUAUGAAUUCACCUUUAUCCCUUGCCAGUGUCCCUUCUUUCUCCAAGUUUGGCUUCUCAGUAUAUUAUAGUGCUAUUUAGGAAAAAUCGAUGGUUGAAGAUGAGCUUACAAGCUCCCUUCAGCAUUCCAAGUCAUAAGAAAGUGAUGUGUGCAGCAAAUACACUAAAUAUCCAUCUGCUGGACACAUUAUCCAGGAAUUCCCAAAGUAGCUCAUGGUGUCCAGCUAGACAAGCUUGCUUGCAUAGAGAUGCUGAUCGAGUGGAUCUUCAGUCAUAAGACAGGCGCAUGCUUUCUGACCUCGUAAUCAGCGCAUAACAAGCCUGAAGGAGACAGAACAAAUGGGACUGGAAGCUCUGCUACGCAGCAGUAAAAAAUAUAUGCUGCACAAUAUUGCACAGAAUGUUUCACAGUAUUCUCUGCAAUGCCUUGUGUUCUAUGCCAAUAUUUCACGACUAAGAAAUGGCUACUUGACCCAAUGACACAAACAUCGCAUUGGUAAACUUGCCCACAAAAAAUAAAAUGGCAUGAUGUAAACUGCAUAAGGUAGAAACCAUAGGCACACACAUGCCAUAUCUGCACAAACACUUCCUUACCACAUUGCGAAAACAGCUCACACUAUGUUUGAAGCCAUGCUGCAAAGAAUAUAAUGCAAGGUGCUUUUCUUCUUUUUUUCUGCCUUAAGAUACAGGAAACUUAACUGCUAGUGACUGACGUCAGUGUGAGAGUCGACCUCUCGAUUUCCUAGUGAGAAUGAGGCUCGCAUGCGCAGAGUGGAGUGUGGAUUAGUGGAGUAGGGAAAGCACAACAAGGAGAUAGGGGGAGGCGGAGGUAAAUGGCACAAAGCAGCCUUCGUGUGGUGGGUUUGAGGGUGUCGAACAUUUUCACUUAGUAUGAUGUGCAACUUGUUAUCGCAGUGUACCCUGCAAAAUUGCCCAGUACAUAUGCAGGUGGCCUGUGUAGGUGCUCACACACACAAUUCUGAAGUGUUCUAGUCUAAGCCCAUGGCUUUUGUCACACUCAAAGUGUUAGUUUGUGCUUUAAUUUUGAUACAAUAUUUUUGCUGAGUUGUCAAAAGCCCCCCCUCCCCCUGCCCUGACAUUCCAAAUAAUUGCUCAAAAAGAUUUGACUGCUUCUGAAUUCGAUGGGGGCGAAAUGCGAAAACACCCGUGUGCUUAGAUUUAGGUGCACGUUAAAGAACCCCAGGUGGUCAAAAUUUCCGGAGUCCUCCACUACGGCGUGCCUCAUAAUCAGAAAGUGGUUUUGGCACGUAAAACCCCAAAUAUUAUUAUUAUUAUGCUUCUGAAUUGACUACAUUUAACAGGCAAAUGAAUAAUUUACGCUUUGAUAUGUCACAUAACAUGUUCUGGCUAGCAUUUUUUGAAAUACUACUAAUAAUAAAGUAAAAUAUAAACCCUCUGAAAAUCAGCAUCUUUGACUGCGGUAAGGAAAGAGUUAACCAUACAGUCCAACCAGAUGUUUGUUUCGUGUGCUUUUGUUCUGUAGCUUGCUUACUGUGGCCUGUGUACUUCAAGUUGUGGUGUAAACAUGAUUAUGGUACUUGUGGCAUUUAAACUGCAUAUACUUAACUGCCACUGAGAGACCAUUGCUUCAAAUUUUUAAAAUAUAUCGAACAGAGGUUGGAUUUGCAUGCGGCAUAUGCACAAAUUUGUAGCAUCUGAGAACCAAACAAGAACUUAUUGGAGAACAAUGUAUUGGAAUGUGGUUGUCUAAUGGAAGCAUUUUUUUCAUUUUGUACAGUAUUUAUUCCAUAUUUAUUGCUCUGUUUGUGGAGUUGACAGCCAUCAAUGACGUGUAAGGAAAUCAGUCCCUGUGGAAAGCAGUAUAGAAGAGCGUUUUCACACUGCUUGAUUGACCAAGUUUUCUGCAUAAUGUUGAAAAUGUGUUUUCUUGCAUGUUUCAUUCCUCACAAGAUCUAGGCAAUCUUGUACAAUGCUAUAGUAUUGCCAUUAGCUGCUGGUUUGGUUCAUUUCUGCCACUGACACGGCAUAUAAUAUCUAGUGCUUUCAUGUCAAAAUACGUAGACCAGUGCAGAAAUGCAUACUACAGAGCCCACAGUCGGGCAUUAGAGUUGACACAUAUGGCAUAACAUGACAUGUCUUCCUUUUUCGGGAGCAUAAUAUUUUUUGUUGUUGUUGUUGUUUCCGUAAACCAGCUCCAAAGAGGCAUGGUGACACAUAGCGUAAGCAAAAACCAGUUGACUAAGCUAGCACUUAAUUUCAUUGCUGUACACCAGUUCGAACAGUGAACUUUUCUGAUUGACUUUACAAAAGUUGCCCAAGUAUUAACCUUGCCUUAGUAUUAAGUAGUAUUAAGCAUUAAGCUUGUCAGAAGUCUGUUUUGCUUAUGCUGAAAUGCUGCCACUUGUUCGUGACAAUACGUAGAUCCACAGCUUACCUGUAGCACUCAUUAAUGGGGUCACUGCAUGAAAGCAGCUCACAUGGGACUGUAUACAUUCGUCAGUGCCAUGAACCAUUUGUAGUAGGGCUGCUGCUUCUAACGGAUAGAGUUUGAACUUUCUGGCAUAUAUUAUGUCAUAAAUAGCCAGUUCAAGUCAAUCUGCCUUAAUUGCUUGCAGUGAUACUGUUAUUGAUUAUGCCAUCUUUGACACGAUGACACAGACUGUUCCAGGCAUCACAUGUUGUACUGGAAUUGUUUUUAGUCGUAUAAGAGAGUUUUAGCCUGUCUGUACGUGCAUUGCAUAUUAUGGAAAUAGGAGUACGUCAGGCACCUGAUAAUGGCUGCUGUAGCACUGGUAGUGACCUGUGGUUCAACCACAAAGCAUCAAAAAUGUUUUUGUAUGUCAUGCUGUUCUCACUAAAGGAAAAGAAAAGAACCACUCUACAUUCACAAUUGUGUUGCUUCUAAAGCCUCUAUGCCAGCAGUUAAGUAACACAGGCCUGUCAUUGCAAUAACAGUUUCAUCGCAAAAUGAUGCCACUAACGCCACUGCUGAUAAUGUAUUGGUGCCUUUUCUUUUGCAAUGAGUGAUUGUCAGAUAAAUUUCAGAUUUGGCAAAUACAAAAUGUCCUCAAAGUCACUGGUGGCAAGGUACUGUAGACUGGGUGUGCCUGACCCUGCAAGUCUCUUGCACGCCACCAGUGUUGCAGUCUUCUUCUGCAUUUCUUUGCUGCAUCCCAGUACAGUUGUUUUUAUGUGGGCUGCAUCCCAGUGUCAUAGUGAAUCCCAGUACAGAUGCUUUUUAUGUCAGCUCCUGGAAACCCUGCAUCAUCGCUAGCAACCACUGCUUCAUUAGGCAGGUUCAUGUUCCCAUGCUUAGGCAUGUCCCCGGUGAAGCCAUGCAGUUUGAGUGCUGAGUGAUGGAGUAUAACAUGUGGUAUAGACUCCUCAGCCAGGCCGCAGAGCAGGCACAUAGCGUCAAAGUUGUGUGUGUACAUUGCUCACAGCAGUCAGGUGUGCAGCAUUCUGGAUCUAGCUUCAUAUGGGAGCUUGCUUCUUUUUGAGUUUUUGUAUAGCGGUUUUCAUUAAAUUUUUGGUUUGACCUUAUAUGUACAGGGACUCAAAGCGAGUUUCCUUGCUGCUGUCACCUUCCUUUUCCUUUUCAACAUUGACGCGGUCCCGCACUUUGCCUUGCCUAUCUUUUUGCGGUGGUUCCAUGAGGUGGCUUGGUAGAACUCCGUACGGCCCAGCAAGGCGAUCCAUUUGGUGUUUCUGCAGUUCAGGUGGAUACAUUUUAACGCUUCACGCACCCAGCACCUGUCCGGUAUCUGGCUUAGCCUUGGCUCAUACGUGAGCUUUGAGACUGUAUCCUGUGCUUCAAAAGAGGACCAUUCCAUGUCUCCUCUGUAUCGCUUCCUUAAGUACCCCACCAUAAACUUCUAGGGGCGUCAUACCCGCUUCUCUCUAUCGUGUUUCUAGUCAUUGGCUUGUCACAUAAGACAGGCACAGCACAGAGUUCACGAACAUCAAAGCUGGUGCUGCAACUGCCUUCCAGAGCUCUCUGGCGACUUCAAGUUUGUUGGAGGGCCAGAGUGGCCCUGGAGCUCAGAAAGGUACACUUUGAGAUAGCUUUUUAUGUCAGCUCAGUUUGAUAGUGUCGACCGUAGUUCAUUGCUGGAGACAGUGUCACUCCCAUGCGCUUGUGGCAGGUCGUACAUUUAUCAGUGUUUCCCUGGAGUAUGAGCUUCAUUUUUGUACAUUGAGUGGUCCUUUCGUGGUUCAUCACCAUGCAUGAUGACUUAGCACAGCUGAAGAGUAGGCCAAGGAAUUGUGCCUCCUCUGAACACAUGUCCAACAACCGCUGCAGGUCUUUUGCAUUGCUGGCCAGAAGCACGGAUGUCACAAGCAUAGAAGAGGGCAGGUAGGCAAUGAGGGCAAGCAGUUCCCUGAUCACAGUAGCUGAAAGCAAGACCCAUGUCACAUUCAAUUAGCUUCUCCAUGCCAGCAACAAAAAGCAUAAAGAGCAGAAGCUAAAGAGGGCAUCUCUGGCACAGCCCUUUGAGUAAUCGUACUGGUUACAUCCUUUUGCCUUCUCGGUGGAUUACAGCUUCAUUACUCCUGUACAGUGCCUCUAGGAUUUUCUAUAAGUUUGCAGGUAUAGCUUGUUCCUUUAGCAGUGCCCACAGCAGGUAAUGCUCCACCGAGUCAUAAGCACGUGAGAUAUCCAGGAAAGCUGGUAGUACAAGAUCCCUUUCCUCUUUCGCCACGAUCUCAAUAGCUUGUGCCACCACAAACACAUUAUCUUCCAGGCAUUCUCCCUGUCAAAAGCCAUUUUGGAACUCGCCAAGAACCCCUUCACCACAGAUGCCCAUACAUCUCCACAUGAUAUGGCAAAGGAGCUUAUACAGCGCCAAUGUAACAGCAAUUGGUCAGUAGCUGUCCUGUUGGUUCUUAUCGCUACUUUUCUUCAAGAUAAGCCUAAUAUGGGAGCACUUUCAGCUUUUGUGGAUUUCACCAUUCAUCAGAACUAUGCCACCAGUGUUCUGUAAAUGGUAAUGCAUAUAUGGACAAGCUAAAGCUCUCUAUAGUUAGCACAUGGUAUUUACACAGGUUGUAGGUUUCUUAGAACAGUAUAUUUGAUGAGAGACUACGGCGUCCUUCUAACCCACUGUGAGGUUUCAGAAUUUUAAACCCCACACAUUUUUUUUCUAUUUAACCAUGUUUGAAGCAUUACAUAAAACUAAUGCCCCCUAAUACUUUUACUUUGAACUCUGGAUCGUUUGGACCUGCUUUGCAUGCUGUGCAUGGUGUUCUGUUGUAGGAGAUUGAUAGUACUAUAACUGGUGCUUCAAAUUUGAUUGUGCUUUUGAAGUAAGAACUGGAGAACUUGAAGUUUUUGUUGUACCUAUUGUUCCUUGAUCUGUGCAUGCUUUUUAAAAGCAAACUUGCAACAUUUUCAUAUAUAUGAGGCAGCUUUAUUCUUGCAAACAUCACUGACUGCUCACAAUGUAAUAAGAGCAAAACAUUUGAAAGUGUCAUGCCGCAUUCUUUCUUGAAAAUAGAGCUGUAUUGAAGCACUCACUGAGCAACAUAUUCCUUUGGUUGAAGGGGCAUGACACAGUUAUCCUACUAUUCUCAGUUUAUCAUUGUAACUGUUGUAACUGAGAGUAGAGGGGCCAAUAUGGCUACACACGCACAAAAAAACUGAGCUUUCAGCGCACAUUUAAACUUGAAAUUUCAAUUUGAAAUUGCUGCCUUGUAGCCCCUCCAACCGACAGAGAUCACCAUUUUGGCCUAUUGACUGUGUGAUGUUCGGAAGUGUGGGGCCACCACUGUGUUGUCAACUUCGAAACAGUCCAAAAUCACAUCAGACAUCUUGCACUGAAUGCUCUUGCACACAAUGGUGCAGCAAGGGCAGCACCGUUGAAUUGUGGCCACUAUUAUUUCACUAUUGUGAUAAAAGCAGCAUAAACCAGAGAAUACAUGCAGGAACUAUCUUGUGCUGAUUGUGGAGAUGCACAUGUGAGAAUGAAAGGAUGCAUGGCAAUCAUGAUGUAUUUCUGGCUCCUGCAAUCAAUUCUGGCACUUGCAAUACAAUAUAAACAUGGCUUUUGAGGUUGGCUUCCAUUACUUCGAGGGAGCCAUUACUGGGAAUGAAUUUUCAUUUCAUCACCAGUUAGUGUUGCCAGAUUGCUGUGUGAUUGAACUGUGGCAUAAAAAAAUUCAAAUAUAAACUUUCUGCUGCACUGAAUGCACAUAAAUUAUGCCAGCUUGCUGUGGGACUUGUACGGUUUAACAUGUAAUGCAUAAUUCAAGCUAGAAAAUUUGGUGUGAUGGCCCCUUUUGUUACCCAAUUCCUGUGUUACCCAGUCAUUUUAUAUGCUUUUUUUGUGUGAGGGUCAUAGUUUAAUGUGCCUGCAUGCUGAUAUCACAGAUAUGUUUUUGCUAUUGAAGCCUGGACAAAUUGAAACGUUUGUGUUUUACAUUACUGUGAUCAUUGUUGUUUUAUGUAUGAGUGAUGCAGCUACAUGGGGCCCUAGAUGCUUGACCAGUGCUCAGCACUUUAUGGUCUUGUAGCUGCACAUGCUUGAAAAACACUAGUCUACUGCACAUGAACAUUCUCACUCAGAAAUAUAGCUCAGACUUGUGUCCCUCUGUACAUAGUGUUGAUUUCAUAGCCAUGAGCAACCAUUUUACACUAGCUAUAUAUGUAGAUACAAAUCGCAUCACUGACAAAUAAAGUGGUUCUUCACUGCA